AUGCACCGAUCACUAAUCAGCCUAACCACCUUGGUCAUCGUCGCCGCUCUGGCCAGUGGCACCAGUGACGCCUGCAAGGUCACCAGCAAAACGUACUCCGCUCAGGACGGCCUGGUGCUCACAUCGGUGGCGCACACCAUCUCCUUCACCGCCGACUGCCCUCCUAAUGUCAUUCCCGUGUACGCCAAUCUGAACGGACGCACCCUGGCAGUGGUUCGCAACGACAAUGAAAAGUCCUUUUCAAUUUCCUGGAUCAAUGAACUGGCCAAGGCCUCUUCGGGCAGCUACAACCUGGAGGUUUUCGAUGAGGAAGGCUACCAGCUGUUCAAGAAGUCCCGAUCCUCUGGCAAGGAGCUCUUUUCGUUGCCUUUCAGCCACUCUUCGCCCUACAAGGGACCGCUUUUUCAGUUUGAGCUAGUGGCGCUGGUCACCGGUUUGCUGGCCACCUACAUUGCCAUUGUCUACCGCUUCAAGAUUACUUCCAAGAAAAUUUAG